GCCCGGACCCGCUGGUGCAGCCCGCCCGCGCCGCAAGCCCAGCCCGCCUGGCAUAUGGCCUCGUACCCGUACCGCCCGGGCCCUGGGGCCGGCCCCGCGGCCGCCGCACUGCCCGACCAGAGCUUUCUAUGGAACGUCUUCCAGAGAGUGGACAAGGACAGGAGUGGUGUCAUCUCGGACAACGAGCUCCAGCAGGCCCUGUCUAACGGCACGUGGACGCCAUUCAACCCCGUGACUGUGAGGUCCAUCAUAUCCAUGUUCGAUCGAGAAAACAAGGCCGGCGUGAACUUCAGCGAGUUCACAGGUGUCUGGAAGUACAUCACGGACUGGCAGAACGUUUUCCGCACCUACGACCGGGACAACUCUGGCAUGAUCGACAAGAAUGAGCUCAAGCAAGCACUGUCAGGUUUCGGGUACCGGCUCUCUGACCAGUUUCACGACAUUCUCAUUCGAAAGUUCGACAGGCAAGGACGGGGCCAGAUUGCCUUCGAUGACUUCAUCCAGGGCUGCAUCGUCCUGCAGAGGCUGACAGAUAUAUUCAGACGCUACGACACAGACCAGGAUGGCUGGAUCCAGGUGUCAUACGAACAGUAUCUCUCCAUGGUCUUCAGCAUCGUGUAACACCGGCCUCACACAUAGCAGCAUGAUUUAUUGAAAAAGACUGGAAAUGCCAAAUCUCUUCCAUAUAACAGAGCAGAAAACGGAUGCAGUUAGAUGCUGUUAUUCUUCCUUUAGAUUUUAUAUGAUUGAUAUCCGGGGACCCAAUUGUACAUAUGUGGAUAAGCUGAUUGUUUUUGCAAUUUGAAUAGUUCUAUUAUUAUUCAGAUACAAACUUGGUUUGUGACUUUUAAUAGUGCCAUGAGGUAAGAGGUAAUAAUGUUCAAGUAUUCUGCAUGCUCAGAAAUCAUCAUGUGCUUUUUAGAUGAUCUCUCCUGGAGCCCAGACACUCAGUGGCCGUGGGGACUUGCACACUUUCAUGUGCCUUACUUUUUUAAAGGGGCCAUUGUGUUUGCAUAUGCACUGUCACAAUAAAGCUGAUGUGCCCCGGG